AUGACCAGGCGAAACAACAGGUCGACGUAUGGCUCUACAUGGGUGUGGGGUACUGAAGGAACUGGAGCUGCAUUUGCAAAGACGAAAAUUUUCUCUUUGGCAGCAACUGGGUUUGGUAAUUUUGUUAUGCACACAUCCGCUUCACAGACACAAACAGUCAGUUCAUCUUCUUCUAUUCAAACAUAUUCUCCCUGCACAACGUCAGCCGUUAGUUGUGUCGUUGACCCAUCUAAUUGUAAUCUUAUACGAGAAACAAUUUCAGCAGGACCAACAUACGCUCUCUCAUCGGUUUCUACCCACCUGCCGCUUCCUGACAUACCGUCCCAAGCUGGAUCGUCAUUGUCUGCGCAGGUACAAGAUAUAUCAGCCUCGUCAACUAUAAAUCGUCCGCGUGACAUCGUCGUCCAACAAACACCUCACCCCAGCACAACGUCAGUAAGUGGCUUUGUUGUUGAUCCACCGUGUGCUAUUACACUACAAACAACUUCUAUUGUAACAACACAAACUGACGUUCCUUCACCUGCUUCCACCCAAAGAUCGCACCCCAACGUAACGUCACAGGCCGGACCUUCCACCAAGUCAUCAUUGCCUGCGCAAUGCCUGCAGGGAAUACCAGUUCCAACAUCAAGUCAUCCUCGUGCUCAGCCAAAUGUGUCGUCUGAUACUGCGAAUUUUCAAGGUUAG